CAGUACACAGCCAAGGGAAUUGUUUAGACAAUGGCGUUCUUUAAACAGAUAUAUGUCGUUGCAAAUGGGCUGUCAGGAUGUAAGAAAAGGUUAAUCCAAUCAUGCGAAAAUACCGCGGAAACACUACGAUGUCUUGACAGUAGAAGAUUUAGAUCAAUUCAAUUUAACUUUGUGCAAUUUGUUGUAAAGCGACAAGGACUGCUUAUUUCCGAUCUUGUAAGCUUUCUAAUACACUGAUUUAUAUGGGGUGCAUUUGUCCCAUGGUCACUAUCUGCAGCCCGGCUAGCACCUCCUCAGUGCAAUUAGUCAUUUCGCAAACAUAACGGGAAACAAAUAAGACUGGGAAAGACUGUCAGAAUAGAAGAAGACGAUAGUGAAGGCUGAGAAACAGACCCUAAAACCUUUCAAAAAAGUCCCACAUAACGACCUGAAGACGCAGAGCUGAUUAAGAACGCCUGGUGGUGUUCAUGAAAAAAAAACCUACUUCAACGCAGAAACAAAGGAAGAGAAAAACGCUACAAGCUGUCGGUUCGGUUGUAAACUCUCACUAAAUUCAGGUGUUUGAUAUCAUUGAACAUUAGAUCAAGAAGAUAAAGACUGCAAAAAGUAGCUGGAUACUGAAAUGAGAAAGCUGCUGGUUUUAUCAAACCAUCACGCUAAUUGAACCUAAUAAGUCGAUGCUGUCUGAAGACAGCUUGAACGACAAUCAAACUCAAGAUAGCUAACAAAUUUGCGUCACCGUUGUCAUAGUGAGGUACUUUUCUUGAGUUUAUUAACAGCGUGGGCGGCGAGCUGAAAACUGUUACAUGCUGUUACAAAAACACUAUCUACAUCACCAUGGCGAAUCCAACAAACUAUGAAAAAGUCACAGACUUAGAAAAACACAUUAAACUAGUCUUGUACCUGUUCACGCUAGUACUAGGUGUCAGCGGUAAUACACUGGUACUCGUAAUUUUGGCGCGCAAAAUCCGCCGUGUUUCAAACGAUGUAUUCAUCAUUAAUCUAGCGGUAGCUGACUUAACAUUACUGGUAUUCUCUGUUCCUGUAAUGGUUUUGUAUUAUGGUGAAUUCAAUUCUCCCGAUUUUGUCUGUAAAGUAGUAUGGCCAAUGAUGACGGUAUCGAAUACAGUUAGUAUCUUUACCUUGACAUUAAUGGCUAUAUGUCGAUGUCACGUGAUACUGCAUUCAUUUAGGCCGGAUAUAAGACAGCGUAACAUCUACCGCGCCAUUUCGUUAACUUGGAUUUGUUCAUUAAUUCUUCUGCUUCCGUUGAUGAUAGUUGCGACGUCCAAUCCUGUGGGAGGAUGUAAGGAAGAUUGGCUGUCCAAAAUGGAUGGGAAAAUCUAUACUAUCGUACUUGUUAUAUUACAAUAUGUAUUACCUUUGACGCUCAUUGCUAUUGCUUACGUAUGGAUCGCUGUUGAUCUAUGGAAGCCAAGAAACCUUAACUCAGCAUGGACCGCAACGGAUCGUAAGGGACGUGAAAAAAGACGAAAGGAAAACGUUCAGAUUGUGAAGACAUUGGCAACGAUUGUAGUACUUUUUGCCAUAUGCAUGCUUCCUGGACACAUUGCCUGGCUGUUAGGAGACUUUUACGAUGAAGGAAAGAACAAAGUUGUUGCUGCUGUGAUUCUAAGGUUUUUUGAUAUCUUGGUGUACGUACAUAGUUGUUUAAAUCCAAUAGUGUAUGGGACAUUAACCAAGUAUUUCCGUCGCGAGUAUUCGAGAUAUAUUUCGUAUGUUUUCUGCUGUCGUAAGCAGUUACACUCAAACAACUCGCGUCCGUCUCACAACCCCACACAUGAAAAUAUUUUACCAAGAACUUUGUCCUUGUAGCGAAAUAACUGGAUGACUUAUAAUCAUUGAUGUACUUUAAGGUGGCUCUAAAAAAGUUGUGCAGCCACCUUAAAUAAGUGGUACUUACUUCGGGACUUCCUGUGAGCAUCAUUGAUAGACUCUUGUUUUACUUUGGUUGUCGUUUCUUAUUACUCUACCUGGUGGUGGUGGGGUGAAAAAUAGAGAAAACCAUGAUUUCUCUUUACCCCGUCUCCACACAGACCCCCACCCCACUCCCUCUAGAAAUCUUCAGUAUCAUAAUGAAAAACACAGGGAACCCAAAUCUGUUAAUACGUUAAUAUUUUCUACGAGGAACCAAUUGAACAUUCAGCGUAAAACGCGCUAUAGUAAUAAACUAUACAGUUUUAGUCAUGAAUUUUACUAUUCUUUCCUUUGAUGAAAAAAACAACGGUUGCGGCGAGGAACAUUCAUACUCAAAUUAUUAUAUUAUUGUAAAUAUUAUCUAUAUCCAAUAUAAAAUUAUUGUAUUUAGGCGCAAGACUUCAUCCAAAGAAUUGAAGACGGGUUGACCACGCCUGAAAAUAUUCAGGUCAAUUCAGUGAUUUUUCAAUAAAAUUACUUGUACAUAAAGAAA